UUCACAAAGUGCAUAUCACAUCCUUCCAUAAAAGAAAUAUCGACAGGGUUUCAACCCACUUGCAUUUUUCUCCCUAAUAUCAACUUGUCGCCCUGUACUCCACUGUUUGUUGUGUAGAUGCCAUUUGAUUUCGGUUGCCAAGUGCUCUCUUUGUCCACAGGUUGACUUUCUUAAGGAGAACAAUUUUGGUGGGGCCAUGGUUUGGGCCAUUGACCUGGAUGACUUCUUAGGCUCCUUCUGCAAUGAGGGCAAAUAUCCACUCAUACGCAAGCUGCAGUCACUCUUGGGCCUGUCCUCAGAAUGCACUCCAUCAGCCACCAAGACUUGGUAUCAUCAACAAGUGAUACCCAGAAGUGAAGGUUUCUGUGCCAAUAUUGGUGGAGACAGUGGCAGUGGUGGAGAAGGAGGUGGUGAUGGAGAAAGUGGUGGAGAAGGUGGCAGUGAAGGAGAUGAAGGUUUCUGCACUGGUAAAGCAGAUGGCAUUUAUAGUGAUCCUGAAGAUAACACCAAGUUCUACCAGUGUGCAGGAGGCAGGACCUUCUACUUCCAGUGUAACCAAGGCCUGGUGUUUGACCAAACCUGCUCAUGUUGUAACUGGCCUUCAAUUUAAAAUGUUGGGAAAACUCUA